ACGGAAACAAAACUGAAGCGAACUUUCAUCAGCCCGACUCGGUCAUUACACGGCUACAUUGAUUUAACACGUCUUUUAGACCGAGUCAGAACAUUUAGAGCCGCUUGUCGAACCGAUWGGAGACGUUUCGCCCACGUUCAGGGUUUCUUUACCGAGCGGAUACGACUAAUUCCUGGAUUCAUCCGGUUUGGAACGAGUUCAAAAACACGACGUCGGAGUUUUGCUUUUGCUUCUACGCRGAGCUCCCAUGCGAUGAAAGACAUGGACGUUUUUAACGGGACCUCUGAGGAGCCAACACCCAGUCCGGGGAUGACCGACGCUCGCUCUCACUUAUUCCCAAGUCUYGACCUAAUUGAAGAAUUAAUCAAGGAGCAAAAUGAGCUGCAGCUACCYGGACCACCUCCUGCGCCCCGGGACUUGUUCGAUCCGGACACUUUCAGGCAGAACCACAGGAUGGUCCCGCAGAACCCUCUGACGUCCUCUCACCCGGUGCUGGUGCCCCGGGGCACGUCGUGCAAGCCCAGCUUCCUGUUACAUCCACGGACUGUGGGCUGCUCCAAAGACAUGUCAUCGUUCCAUCCUUUACACGUCGCCUCAUCUGACCGAGGUCGAGCCUCUUCGUGUUUGCUGGCCCAGAAGAGUCCGGUCUCCACUCAGAGCCAAGGCGGCACCGAGAUGCUGGAGAAGAUUCUGGAGAACCCCAGGCUAGUGGUGGUGGAGGAGCCCAAGGACAGGGGCAUGAGGUUCCGGUACCAGUGCGAAGGGCGCUCUGCCGGCAGCAUCAUGGGGGCGUCCAGCACUGACAACAACAAGACUCAGCCCACAAUAGAGAUUCAGGGUCCCAUUGACGGCCUGAAGAAGGCCACUGUCACUGUUUCCUUGGUAAGCAAAGAUGUCCCACACCGGCCCCACCCCCACUGCCUUGUGGGUAAAGAUUGCCCUGUUGAUUCUGGGAUCUGCGUGGUUUCCAUUAACCCUCAUGCUAACCGGAGUCACAGCUUUGCCAACCUCGGCAUUCAGUGCGUGAGGAGGAAAGAGCUCGACGUCUCGCUUCAGAAGAGGAGAAGCCAGAACAUAGACCCGUUUCAAACUGGUUUCUCUAAGGGCAUCGAAGACAUCGACAUGAACUCGGUGCGUCUGUGUUUCCAGUGCGAGCUCGAGUGGGAGGACGGCAGGAAGGACUCUCUGAGCCCGGUCAUCUCCAAACCCAUUUAUGACAAGAAGGCCACAACGACAUCAGAGCUGAAGAUCUACAACUUGAACACGUACCGAGGGACCUGCAGGGGCAAGACUGAGGUCUACAUGCUCUGUGACAAAGUACAAAAAGAUGACAUCGAGAUCCUGUUCAGGCUAGGGUCGUGGAAGGCGAACGGAGAGUUUGCCCAGACGGACGUGCACAGACAGGUAGCCAUCGUGUUUAAAACUCCGCCCUACGAGGACCAGAGCGUCACGGAGGAUGUUGAAGUCAACGUGGUCCUGAGGCGCAUUUCAGACCAGAUGGAGAGCGAGCCGGUCUCCUUCACGUACACGCCUGUUUGUCUGGAUCCAUACGGGGUGAAGCGGAAAGGAACCAAAAAGAAUAACAUGCUCACCUCAGAGAAAUCCUGUGGAACAGAGACCACGCCUCCAUUGCCCUCCUUUUUCCACCAGACUCCAAACGUCAUGUCGUCAGGGGAGAACCAGUUGGAGAAAUACCCCCAGGGUGUGUGCCUGGACGAGGUUAUCAUCAACCAGUUGUUAGAGUUGCCCGAACUCCUGAACGCUCUGUCCGACUCGAGCUUGCCCUGCACCCCAGGACUCGACACGAGCGCCAUCUUUGACGAUUUGGACAUGAGCUUCAACCAGAACUUUAGCAAUUUCCAACAGGACCUUGCCCACAUUAACGACAUCCAGUUCAACAUGCUCGUCAACGAGAACCAGAACCCACAAGCGGAACGGCAGGACGGCGUGUUGCAGGUGAAAACGGAAGAAGAGCAAUGAGGUCGUGGCAGUCGGGAUUAAAUACUGUUGGUUUGAGUUCAGAUUGGGGUCAAAUUUCCACGUGCAAAAGAAGCUAACRGGUACAGACCACGUCCCAAAAACUGAAGGAAACCAAACGGCUCUUUAGCUCCAGCUGCUCGCACUGUGUGAAGUGGUUUUAGAUUACUUUAGUUUCCUCUGUGAAUUACCUAAAGGCCUCGCUGGUCGAGGCUAAAACCAACCAGGAGCUGGUUUACCUACUUAAAAUAUUCAUAUAAAUGCUGCAAGCAUUAAUUUUUUUUUAAGUCAGAGAAAUGGGAUUCAGUCAGCAGGGAACUAAAAGGAGAACUUGUGAACUUCUCUGUUGAACAUGGGAACCAGUAAGAGUUCCAUCAACUGCUGCUUGUAGUCUGUAGUAAAUGCUUGAUGAUGGUUUAAGGUCUGUUUUGUGUGUUUGUGCUUGAUUUUGGGGAAACAAAAUGCCUUCCUGCUGGAAGGUGUCAGCAACAUGAAUUCAUUUGUAAUCAUAAAAGUCUUUUAUGUGGAGCUCAUUGUUGUUUAUUGCACUUGUUUUAAUGAUGCACUUAAGUAUAAUAGAAACCACCCCUCCUUCUAUUCAUGUCUGUUCUUUAGUUUUGCUUUUGGUUCAAAAUAGCUUUCACUAUUCAUCACUUGUAGUGUGUCAAAGAAGAAAUAAAGCUUAAAUGUGA